UGUAAUUAUUUCUUUUUGCAUUGUGAUUGUCAAGGUUCCAGAAAUCCAGAUACUUUAAUUUAAUAAACAAUUUUCACUUUUUUUUAAGGCAAUUUGUUAUUUGAUUCAAAUGGCUACGAGAGCAGCAGGCUUUGUUAUUUUUCGAAGACUAUGUGGAGAAAUUCAGUUUUUGUUAAUGCGUGCUUCUUAUGGAGAUUUCCACUGGAGUUCGCCAAAAGGGCACGUUGAUCCAGGGGAAGACGAUUUUACUACGGCUUUAAGAGAGACACAGGAAGAAGCCGGCUAUUCUGAAAAGGAUUUAAUAAUUUACAAGGAAAUCAAUUGCACUCUUAAUUACGAAGUGAAAGGUAAACCUAAGGUUGUUGUAUAUUGGUUGGCAGAGGUGAAGGAUCCUUCGAAAGAGCCCGUUUUAUCCGAGGAACACACUGAGCUCAAAUGGCUUCCAAAAGAAGAGGCUAAAAAACAAGUUGGUUUCGAAGACAACCAAAGACUGCUUGAGGAAUUUCAUAAAAAAAUACCUAAUUUGAGCUAACUUCGUUUGUAACUUUAAGAAAACAAAUGUGCAUACCUAUGUAUAUAUUUAAACUAAUAAAAAUGUUAUUACUAAAAUAUAUUUUAAAAGAAUUAAAACCA